AUGUCGGAAGCUGGCGAAGGUCACAAACGCACUAAGUCUUCUGCCCUGUCCCUUUUACGGCGGAAGGAGGGCCGGGAUGGUACCGUGUCGUCAGAGGAAGGUUGCACGUCUUCGCUGCCAAAUACAGCACCUCGAGGACAUAGCUCGAAACCAUCAACAGGCGCAGCUAGCUUGAUGCGGUCGACAUCCAAUGUUCAUGUGAAUAAAAUGUCUAUGCCACCCCCCGGCACUUCUCAUGACAAGCCAGUUUCCAUCGAACAAUCCGUGCGCAAAUUCCGAAUAUUCGAGGCGUUGAGGAACGGGGAUACGGCAUCAAUAUCGAAAGCGAUCAGGGAGAGCAGCGGUGCCCGAAUAAGCACUUCAAGCGCUACAGAAGCUGGGGUGUCCGGAGGACUGGAAGAUACUACCAUACUUCACCUUGCCAUUCAAUGCGCAGAGUUGCCAGUAAUCGAGUAUAUUUUGUCAGAUGGAGCUGGCACGAUCGAUAUUAAUGAGCGGGACAAAGAUGGAAAUACUGCCUUACACCUUGCAGCGUCCCAAGGAAGAGCACAGGUUGUGCGGCUACUUCUAGAUCAACCCGGUGCAAAUGACUCAAUUCCAAAUUACCAAGGCCGAUUGCCACUUGACCUUGCUCGAACCCCCGAUAUAUUCCAGCAGCUACAACUCUCCCGAUCGAUAUUCGUCGAUAGCAAGAUCCGACAGGUGCAAGCGUUAGUUCAGCAAGGGGACUACAAGAGGCUUGGGGAGGUUCUGGACGAGCCGCGUGUGAAGACGGUAUUGGAUAUAAAUGGAGGGGAAUUUGCGUCUGAUAUUACGACGAUCCAAUCGGGAGGAACCUUGUUGCACGAAGCAGCGAGAAAGAAAAAUACUGCCCUUAUCCAGGUGCUCCUCCUCCACGGUGCUGAUCCAUUCCGUCGAGAUCGGAGGGGGAAGUUGCCGCAAGAGACGACGAAGGAUGAUAGUACAAGGGCCAUGCUCAAAAGGUCUCCGGCUGCUGUUGCAGCACAACGUGGUAUUCAGGAGAAGGCGGUUUUAGGGAACGCCUCCCAGCAAGCUUCGAGCGGUGGCACCGGCGAUGCUCUCGCGGGGAAAGAGGGCCGAGAAAUGAAGGGUUAUUUGAAGAAAUGGACCAAUUACCGGAAAGGAUAUCAGUUGCGCUGGUUUGUUCUGGAAGAUGGAGUGAUGAGUUACUACAAACAUCAAGACGAUGCAGGUUCGGCCUGCCGUGGCGCCAUUAAUAUGCGUAUCGCGAAACUGAAUAUGGAUCCAACUGAGAAGACAAAAUUCGACAUCAUAGGAAAGUCUUCUGUAAAGUACCACCUCAAGGCCAAUCACGAAGUGGAAGCGAAGAGAUGGUUCUGGGCCCUCAAUAACUCGAUUCAGUGGACAAAAGACCAGGCCAAGGAAGAAAACAGACUGAAGCAGAAGAGCGCGGAACUUCUUAGACAGGCCAAAGCCGAGCAUGCCAUUUCUGGUUCAGGGAAUCAAACAUCCACUACUGAGCUUGGCAGCGAGACCACAAGCCUUCAUGCCACAGAAACUCGAAGGAGCAGCCAUCAAGCUAAUCGAUUAGCGCCUCAGUCGAGCAAGAAUAGCACUAGCCAGAGGGUGGCGUUCAAUACAGCUGGGAGUGUGGGAGAAGAUGACGAAGGUACCGCCUAUGGUUCGUAUGAGCCUAGCUUCAUGGGUGACAUUCAGAAGGUUUCGAGCAAUAUCGGUCUUGGACCCGAUGCUGAUGAGGAUGAUGAUUAUGGAGAAGGAGAUGGCUCCAGUGACCGUGACGUACCGGUUACUAAAGACGCGCUCGAUAUUACUGCUCAGUCUGCGAAGCUCCAACUUGACAUGAUGGCGCAAGUUAACGCGGCAUUGCAAGCUGAGCAAGUGAAAACGCCUGGCCUUUCUAUAUCCGAUCCCAUCCCAACGGAAGCUUUUCAGACAUACGACUCCUCGAUCCGUAAUUUGAAAGGCCUUGUUGGCGAUCUCCUCAAGAUAUCUAAGGACAGGGAUGCUUAUUGGCAGUAUCGCCUUGAUAGAGAAGCAGACAUGCGACGCAUGUGGGAGGAGAGUAUGGCGCAAGUGGCACGGGAACAGGAGGUUCUCGAAGCUAGAGUUGGGGAAGCGGAAGAGAAGAGGAAGAUGACCAAGAGAGUGCUUCGCGAUGUAAUUGAGGGAAGUACUACUGUUAGCAGCCGGCCUGCUAGCCGAGGCGAUGGAGCGGGCGACCAGAAAUUUGACGAUGCUCCUGACGAAGUGUCUGACAAUGAGGGUGCCGUUGCUAGUCGUUUGAGACGCAAAUCUACCGCCAAAAGCUCGCUCCGGCGCAGGUCCCUCAUUGCAGAUAUUACGAACUUGUCAGAGACUGAAUCCGAGGACGACGAAGAGUUUUUCGAUGCUGUGGACGCGGGCGAGAUUGAGGUUGCCCAGAUGCAUGACCUCAAGCCAACUCUCAAGGAAAAGACAGAAAAGACCCAAACCGAAGGACUUGAUCUCACCCCUUCAUUCAAGGGUUAUGAAGACGGCAUCCGGAAGAGGCUUAAGAUGGAUGCUGAUGAUAGGCCGAAGAUAUCACUUUGGGGUAUUCUCAAAUCCAUGAUUGGCAAGGAUAUGACUAAGAUGACCCUUCCGGUAUCAUUCAACGAGCCAACUUCCCUACUUCAACGAUGCGCAGAGGAUAUGGAGUAUACCGACCUACUUGACAUUGCUGCGGAUCGGGUUGACUCCGCUGAGCGCAUGGCCUAUGUUGCCGCAUUUGCUGCGAGUGAAUAUGCUUCUACAAUCGGUCGUGUAGCAAAACCGUUCAAUCCACUUCUAGGAGAGACAUUCGAGUACGCACGGCCCGAUAAGAAUUAUCGCUUCUUCAUCGAACAAGUCAGCCAUCAUCCGCCAAUUGGUGCCGCAUGGGCGGAAUCUCCAAGAUGGACAUAUUACGGCGAAUCUGCCGUCAAGUCCAAGUUUUAUGGCAAAUCCUUUGAUAUCAAUCCGCUUGGUACUUGGUUUCUAAAACUACGUCCAAAUGACGGGAGCGAAGAAGAGCUCUAUACCUGGAAGAAAGUCACCUCAUCGGUGAUAGGGAUUAUUAUCGGCUCGCCCUCUGUUGACAAUUACGGCCCGAUGGAGGUCAAAAACUGGACAACUGGAGAAGUCUGUGUCUUGGAUUUCAAACCUCGGGGAUGGAAAGCCUCAAGCGCGUAUCAAAUUAGUGGGCGGGUGAACGACGCCAAAGGACAAACCCGCUUCAGCAUGGGCGGACGCUGGAACAGUAAGAUCUACGCCCGCCUCACUCCCGGCUAUGAAUCUAUCCCCGAAGAACCUAAGUCCGGAGAAAUACAUCGUCGUGGCUCCAAUCUAGAGCCAGCUCAAGCGUUCCUAGUCUGGGAAGCCAAUCCUCGGCCUUCGGGCAUCCCAUUCAAUCUCACCCCAUUCGUCGUAACGCUCAAUGAUAUCAACGACAACCUUCGCCCGUGGCUUCCGCCUACAGACACUAGACUUCGACCCGAUCAGCGGGCUAUGGAGGAUGGAGAAUAUGACUUCGCUGCUACAGAGAAGAACCGUGUGGAGGAGAAACAACGCGCUAGAAGGCGGGUGAGAGAGGCAAAUGGCGAAGAGUUCCAGCCCAUGUGGUUUAGCAAGACAAAGUGUCCAAUCACGGGAGAAGCGUAUUGGAAAUUCAACGGGAACUAUUGGACUGAGAGGCAAAAGGCUUUGACUGGUGAGGCAUGGAGUGGGGUGGAAGAUAUAUUUUAG